AUGCUCUCCACGGCCUUCAUAUCUCUCACUGUAUUCGUUGCUGUCGUAGCAGCAGCCCCACAAGCAACUUCAGCAGCACCACUCCCGCUCCCAACUGGAGGAAACGACUGGAUUAGUAGAGUUACCCCUACUGUCAAGCUAGCCGGCUCGCCUCUUGAUGGACAGCUGAUUAACGCUGUAUACGGAGGCUUUUUCAUUGGUAGAAAGACUACCAUUGGACCAUGUGCGGAUUUCGCGGGCUGUGAUACAUAUUCCAACAUCACAGCAAUCAACUUUAAUCAAAACAAAGCAAGCGGCUCAAUGGACAUCGAUGCACCAGGUGGACAACAAGUAUAUGUAGCUUUCGCAGGUCAACUUGCUUUCACUUUCCCUGGUGAUGGGCCUCCAUCAGAUGGCUAUGCAAACGCAUUCAUUCGCGGCGAGUACUUUCCUCCGGGCGAAUCAGCUUAUGCCGCUAUCACAUUUCGUGGAGCCUCUUGGGUGGCUUGUUAUACUCCAGAUUCAGGUGUCUAUCAAGUCUUUGCUGCCGCUAUUGCACACAAAAGCAGCUGUAUUCCAUUCGAGAUGGCUGCAUUGGAGAAUGCACCACAAACUGGGCAAAGGAGUACCUUUCAAUAUGCCACUUCACCUGUUCCCGGCACAGCUCCAGGUUGUUCAGCAAAAGCUUGA